AUGCCUCGGUGCGCGGUUAUAACUUGCACAAACUACUACGAAAAAACGCGCAAAAGUAACGUAACUUAUCAUUUAUUGCCGUCGAGCGAGAAACUUAUCUCGAAGUGGAUGGAGUUGUGCGGUGCCGUUAAGUUUUCGUCCUAUACGCGCGUUUGUAGCGAUCAUUUUUCGGAGAAAUGCUACCUUAGGGACCUGCAGCACGAGUUGUUGGGGCUGCCGCUGCGGAGGAAGCUUAAGCCGGGAGCGGUGCCCGAUAGAAGAUUGCCGGGGAAGAAAGCUUGCAAGAACACCAAGGAGAACGAAGUGCAGAAGGAAAACAAAGACAAGAAUGUUAAAAUAUUCAAGAGAAAAAAAGAUGAGGAUGGAAAAAUUUUAAACAAUAAGGAUGAUACAAAUAAAUGCAAAGAUAUUAAAGUUGAGAGUGAAGAUAAAAUAUUGCAUGAAGGGUUUAAAAUGUAUAAAAACAAGCUUCCAAUGAGAUCUAGCAUACGCAUAGCAAAAAAAAAGUCGAUAGAGUCUUUAUCGGAUUCCUUUACAAGCAAAGUUAACAAUAACGCUAAAGGAAAUGCGAAAAUCGACAAAUUUUCGGAUAAACUAAAAUUCAUGGCUAAAUUAGAACUGAGACUCGAAAGACGGCUGUUGACACCAAUCAAAAAGGAGAACAGCAUACGAAUACAAAUAUGCCAGGCAAAAGGUCAUUUGGAGGUGACAGAGCGAGAUAGUGCAGCUACCACCGUCGUAGUCGACGACGCUUGGCCUCGUGCCACUUCUGGCGGUGCCGCUGCCCCCAGCGAGUUCAAGGCCGCAGCAGGAAAUACUCGCUGCUGGUGCAGGCCUUCGCCUGCGAAAAUUCUGUUUUGCUGCGCCGUUCGAAAAUAUCUUUCGCCGUUGCUAAAUUUAUCGAAGAUGCCGCAGUGCGCUGUGGUGGGCUGCAACAGCACCCAUCGCAAAACCAAGGGCGGAACCAUACGGUACCACCGAUUUCCCGGCGACGGGAUAACCCGCCAAAAGUGGAUUCAGGCGUGCGGGAAACAGUUGAACAACUGCGCCACCGCGAGGGUGUGCUCCAGGCAUUUCACCCACGACAGCUACGAAAGGGACGUGCAGCACGAGCUGCUCGGACUUCCAACACGUUGCCGCUUGCGAAAGGGAGCCCUACCCGAACGGAAUUUACCCACCGAUUUUUUGAAAGAAGAAGUGAUACCAGAGACCGCUAUAGACAUUCUUUUGGCCGUAGGGCUGGUGCCCAACAGUCUCAAGAUGGCAGGAGGAAUGCCCCAAGACUUAAAUAAGAUGCACAUCAUGGAAGACGUGAGGGAGGGAUGCAACGUGCAACCGUCUUCACCUGGCCACGCCAACACCAACAAGGACCCCAAAGGCGAGAUCGGCCAGGAGAACGGAUUCAAACCGGACAACGUGCACACGGAAAUCGAGCUGUACAACGGCAUCAAAGAGGAAAAACGCGACUCGGAAGGGGAAGGCGAGAAAUCGCCCAACGCCAACCACUUGAACGACGACGGAAACAGCAACUCUUCGUCGGACACGCACGGUCGAAAGAGAAAGAGCGAGUCGGACGAGUCGCCGGCGAAAAGGCUGAGGACGGACAUCCAGGAGAAUUUCACCGCGAGAGACAAGAUUUUCAACGACUACAUCGAACUGACCGACUGCAGCACAAUAGAGCAGAUCCAGUCGAACACCGAGCAAGUUUUGAGGCAGAUCAGGACGCUGAACGAGCUGGCCAAGGAGAAGGAGCGGGAGUGGAACAACAUCAUCCACCUGAAGAAAAUCAAGGAAGAGCUCCUGCUGAGGAUGCAGCGCAGGAAACAAACCAUGCUGCUGGGAGAAUCGGAUCUCCUUCUGGGCGAUAACGACCCCGCGCCCAAAUCAUCCAACGCUCAACGUUUAUACAAAAACACCAACGGCAUCGACAUCGGGUUGGUGGACUUUAGGCAAGGGAAGAGGCCGGUGAUCGACGUGCAAUCUCUCAUCGCCGAUUACAGGCAGCGACACCCGGAGCAGGUUCCCCGAAGGGGCAGGAGGAUCAGGUCGAUGCAAAACGAGUCGAGGAGCAUCGUCAACAUGGCCCUAGGGUCAGGGGCGUCCGUCAAACAAAACACCCCGGCUCCGGAAGAUCUCAGCAUGAUGAAUGCCUUAUCAAACCUAAGCAACGAGUCCAUGUUGAAGGAUAACGCAUCCUUUAAGGACAUGCUGGUGCACCUGGCGCAAUUGUCUCAAGGCGAAAGAAACGAACUAAUCCAGAAUGCCAUCAAACCACCGCCACCUUAUCCAGAAGUUACCGUGCAUCCGGUACCUACGACCACCUCAACUCAUACCAACUCGCUGUUGCACGGAAUAUUAACCAAAAGUCCUCAAAAAUCCAACAGCAAAACCUCGUUUAGCCCGACGUUGGCAAGACUGCUCACCGCCCCCGAAAGAGCAAAUAGCAAUCACGCUACUUCUACUCCAACAAUCUCGAAUAGUACCUUGGGGCACCCCCCGAAUAUGUCCAUUUCGGAAAUACUAUCCAGUAACAAGGCCCGAAAUGAAAUAACUAUAACGCCUGUGGGCUUCGAGACACCAGAAAAACGAAAACACGAUGACGAAGAGUCCGAAGAUCAUCCCGAUCGGCUCGUUAUCGACGAAAGCACGGAAUCUGCCGAAGGUAGACGAGGCGACAACAGUUCGGACACCGGCGAUGAUGUGCCUCAGUGCCAAGGUUGCAACCUGAAAGCCGCGCAGUUUGUGUGCGCGGGCUGCGGCAAUCAGUGGUACUGCAGCAGGGAUUGCCAGGUUUCCGCUUGGGACGAACAUUCAGAAAUAUGUUCAGGAUAAAUUAUUACCAAACUAGUGUAAAUUAGUUACAGAAAGUGCAAAAACAUUAAUAUAAAUAUUUAUCCGUAAGAAUUAGAAACAUAUUAUGUAAGUUAGGAGCAACGUGCAUUACUAGUAUACAUAUAUUACAAUGCCUAUAGUAUUUCUACAUUUUUUUUUAACUUAAAAUAAAACCACUAUAUUUAUGCCAAAGAAACCCAAAGUUGACCUUGAAAAUAAAAAUAGUUCUUAAUCCUAAAUAUAGCCAAAAAUUUUACAAGUUUGUGUGCAAGAAUGUGUAAAACAAUUACUAUUAGUUCCAUUUUAAAUUUAUUAUUUAAUGUACUUAUUUAGAUUUAAAUAAGGCUUUGUACAUUGCAAUUAGCUAAUAGUCAUUUAAAUCAUUUCAUAAAUAAGGGGCCGUUCACAUAUUACGUCACUCCCAUCUUGAUGUUUGAAUAAAAAUAAUUAAUCAAUAUGCCAGUUUAAUGCUAAUUUCAUCGUUUUUUUUAAUAAUAUAUAGAUUGUAUUAUUUUCAAAAAAAUUAGACGAAAUUAGCGUUAAACUGACAAAUACAUAACCUCAAUUAUUUGUAUUCAAAUGUCAAAAUCGCGUGACGAAUAUUGUUUUGUUUAAUUUAUUUAAAUUUAAAUUCAUAAAUGAGUUCAAGACUUUAAAAUGUACAACUUAUUUUACCUGUAUGACAGUGUUAAAAUAAUUAUUUGCAAUGUGUUCUGCUCUUACAAUUAUGUUAUUAUAAGGGACGUAUAUAAAAGCAAAAUCGCGAUUUAAAACAAUUUAUAAUUUCAAAACCUUUGCUGACAAUAAACAAUAACCAAUAAAUCAAAAUAUUCCCUUGAUUGUGCGAUUAUAAAUAAUAUUUCUUUAGUAAUUUAAUUUUUUAUGUGUUUUACUAGUCAUAAAAUAAAUAGUUACCUACAAUGUAAUUUUGCAAGUUUUUAUGUAAUUGUUGUGUCUGUGCCAUUAAUCUCGAGUUGUAUAAAUUUGUAUCAUCUAUUUGAUUGUUUUUUUUUUAGUUUAAAUCAGGCAAAAUCUGUAAGAUAUAAUUCUGUGAUAUCCAUAAAUUGGAUCAAUGAUACUUAAAUUUGAAAAAU